AGUACCACCUCUUUCUUCUGAUUGGCUGAGCUUUCAGCCGUCUAAGACCCCUUUUUGCUGAUUGGCCGGUUUCCGGCCUGAUGGCUCCCCGCCGGUCUGGCAGUAAUCUUCGUUCACCUGUGGGGCAGCCGGCUUCAGAGACGUGGCCCCGGAAGUCUCGGUCUCUAUUUGUGCUAGGGGCAGGGGUCCUGAUUGGUGCUGGGAUACUGCUGUGGGAAAAUUGGGAAGUAAGCGGCAAAGUGAGAGAGAAUGGAAGAAAAGAAACAAGAAGCGGUAGGGAGAUUGUGCCUAAGGCAAUGUCCAUUAGUCAUAUCAGACAAAUUGUCUCCAAGGUGAAUUCAGAUCGUCUGUGGUCAUCCUUCUUAAAGCCAAUGCUAAUUGAAAGACCACCUGGAAGUGAAGGAAACGUUAUGGUCAGAGAGCUCAUAUCAACUCACUUGCAGACUUUGUCUUCUGGUUGGACAGUUGACCUAGAUCUGUUUGAUGCAGUUACGCCUCGUGGAUCAUUGUCUUUUGGAAGUGUGGUGGCUACUCUGGAUCCCUAUGCCCCUCAACGCCUUGUCCUUGCAUGUCAUCUAGACUCAAAGUGGUUUCUUCCAGAUAGGAGAGGUCGUCCAUUCAUUGGGGCUACUGACUCAGCUGUGCCAUGCUCUUUGAUCCUUGAAGCUGUCACAGCACUAGACAGCGAACUCCGGAAACUUAAGGACAGGGGUUCCACGCUCACCUUACAGUUGUUUUUCUUGGAUGGGGAGGAGGCACUAGCUGAAUGGACAGCAACCGAUUCAUUGUAUGGGGCACGGCAUUUAGCACAGCGUCUGGAGAAAUCUAAACUACCAGGAGGAGAUGGAAACCAUCUCAGUGCAAUAGCUCUGUUUGUUCUCCUUGACCUGUUGGGAGCCCCAGACCUUCUCAUUCUAAAUCAUUUUAGUGAGACUCGUAGCCACUUUUUGAGACUCUGCACCAUUGAGAAACGGUUACAUAAUCUUGGCCUACUGCAAUCACACCCAUCUGAGCACACUUACUUCAGACCUGAUCUUUAUUAUGGUCCUGUUGAAGAUGAUCACAUUCCUUUUUUACGGAAAGGUGUUCCAAUCCUCCAUGUGAUUUCCACCCCAUUCCCAGCAGUCUGGCACACCCAUGAUGACACAGAAGAGAAUCUUCACCGUCCAACAGUCAUCAACCUCUGUCACAUCCUUGUCACUUUCCUGAGUGAAACAUUUGCUUUUUAAAAUUAAUGCUAAACAAAAAUAAUUGUCUUCCUUGAGCAGAAGUAAACUGACCUCAGGACAAUAGGAGUUUUUGCUAUGGGUUACUGUCCAGUGUUUAUCAGUAAUCCAAAAUGCAUGUAAGUUUAGCAGUUAAAAUACUGAGAGCCAUAAGGUAUAAAUAUAGUACACCUUAACCAAUACAGUAAUGAAGAUUAACCUUUACAGUACCACCUUAGAUGUAAUUCUCAGCCAAAACAGUAUUUGCCAAUAAAGCAUAUGCAGUCUUAAAAAGACCCUCUAGAACUAAUGGGCAACUUUUUGUGAAAUCUGUGCAAAGCCAAUUCAGUGCCAAAAAUAUGCCAUAAUACAAAAAGAAAAUACAAGCUUGCACACAGAAAGUCUUACAUAAGUCAAUGGGGUUUGUUUCUAACAGUAUACAUUACUAGCCUGUUUAAUGCCUUCAAAAGUUAAGUGUUUGUCUACUGAAGAUCAGUGCAUGACAGAUCUUUAGAAGUGUGUUUGUUUACACACAUGACUAAGUGAUAGUCUGCUUAUAAUAAUAAUAAUGAAAAAAAAUCAUAUCUUUGGAAACGUCAUGGCCUCUGAGCUUUAAAUCUUGUUCUAAUGGGGAGAGAUCAUUUUAAAUCUUAGGGGCCUUCCGAAUAUGUGGUAAAAUUAGUACUCGAGAACAGUAAAGGUUUACAGCUAAGAAGAUACUGUGCAUAACUUAUAUUAACUAUUUAAUAAUGACAAUUGAAAACCAAAUCUGUCCCAUUUCUCUUUGCUGAAAAAUUAGCAAAAUACCAAAAAUUCACAAAACAAGUUGGGUUUUUUUUGCAGCCAUUAAAAUCUAUGGGUGUUUUUUUCAUAGCUGGCGAAAAUAUUUCGCUCAUUAGAAAUGACUGCUGUUCCCUUUUUAAAAUGAGAACCAUUGUCAUUUAAACAGGAUGCUACAAAGUGCUAAUUCAAAUUAAAAUCCCAUCUUACAGGCCAUGUUUUCAAAUCUAUUUAUUUUCUGUUUCAUUUUUAAUAACACAUCUGUAAUGAGUUCUGCUGUUUAAAAAUUCAUCUAGUUAUAAAUUAAAUUGUACCUUUUUAUAGAGUUAAUAUUUACGUAUAAAAUAGUUAAAUAAUAUCAUGACAUUACUUUAUAAGGUACAGAAACGGGACUGCAAUGAUAUAAAAUAAUAUACUUCCUUAGCCAUCUACUAGGCCUAUGAUUAUAUACACCUGGAGAGAAUGGGAGAGAAAAUGACCAAUAUAGGGAACCUGUUAUGUACUGUAUAUAUACUAUGAGGCCUGUUUAUCAAAAGUCAGAUUUGUGACUUGUUGACUUCUACACGAACUUGCAAGCUUGUAGAUGCCAAAAUUUACACUGGAGUUUUUUUCAGAUUUUUUUCUUCAUGAUUCAUGGGAAGGUUUUUACGAUAAAACUUGAAUUUUUCAUGAAUUAUUAAGUGCAUAAACUAUGAAAAACACUAUUACAAAACUUCGCCAGCUAAAAGCUGUCAAGGUCAUGUAGAUCUUAAUGGGAGUUGUCCUAGGCAAACUGUAACAAUCUAAAUUUAAUUUGUGGUUUUAGAGGUUUUCAGGGAUUUUUUCACUUUGUGGUAAAACGUAAAAUUUGUGGUUUAAUUGUUUUCGUUCCGCAUUUUAAUUUGUUCAUGCUUUUUCAACUCUGAUCUUUUAAGAAAUUAUUAGACAUUUGUAGUUUUAGUGGAAAUUAGCUUACUCAUAAUUUAAAAAAAUCUCAAACCACAAAAUAGGCCUCCUAUGCUUUUAAUAAAUAUUAAACAUUCAA